CUUCCGUGGCAGGUUUUCAUAAUUUACCGCCUACUGAUGGCAGCCUACGUCACAAUCGCCUUCAUAAUGCUGCUAGCCAACUGGGACACACAGACGGACGAACGGUUUAAACACCCACACAGUGUGAUGGUCUAUCUAACCACGUGGACCUACUUCGCGCUCACUCUCCACAUGGUGCUCACCGCCAGUAUCGCCGUCUGGUGUCAAUAUCAAGCAAGGUCAAGGUCACGAACAAAAACUAAUUCUACAAAUGUAACACUAAAAUCUUUCUCAUCAGAUACUGUUUACCCUCAAAACAAUCCUGCCUUUUCAGACGAACUCGACAAUGGUGAUGUUGAAUCUAGUACUAAAUGUGAAAAUAAACAAAUUAAUGUAGAAAAAUCGGAUUUGAAAAUCACAGAUCCUGAAGACGUCACAUCCGAUAGUACGGAAUCACUGCACGUGCAAGAACCAUGUUUUUCAAAAAACAGGAUGCCAUGGUAUCUUAACACAUCAUGGAUCCUAUGGAACAUAGUAUCUGUUAAUGCUAUAGUGGUGACUGCUAUAUAUUUUGGUGCUCUGUACAACAAACUGCAAAUUGAGCGCGGCCACCCUGGUAUAGAUUAUGACAAUGUAAAUGUUCACGCGCUAAAUACAGUGUUCGUCUUUGCCGACGUUGUUGUCUGCGCGAGACCAGUACGUCUGCUACACGUCGUCUACCCCAUCGUGUAUGGUCUCGUGUACGCCAUAUUCAGCAUCCUAUUCUGGUCCGUGAACCACUCCAACGUCAUCUAUAAAGAUGUGCUGGAUUGGAAUCACGCCGGCUUCACAACUGGCGUCCUGGCAGUCGUGGCUUUCUUUAUUAUGCCUCUGCUACAGUGCUGCUAUUUUGCUUUAUAUCGGUUGCGCUUGUUCAUCAGCAAGAAAAUCUACGGAGAAGAUUAUUAACUUUAUCAGCAGUAAUUAGUCAAAGACAGACCGAGAAUUUCAGUUUAUGAGUAUGCUAUGUAAUGAUGGUCUCGUAGUUUAUUGUGUUAGUUGAGGGUAUGUCUCAAGAUGCCCACCUGAUAUUAUACGGAAGAUGGAAUUUUUUUUUUUUUUAAGUAACGACACUUUAGCACUUUUUGAACUACGUUUUAUUGUCUAACAUAGUUUUUUUAGUUUGUGACGAACAUAAUUUUUUUUUCUGGUCUCGUGAGAGAGAGAGAGAGAGAGAGAGAGAGAAGAGAGAGAGAGAGAGAGAGAGAGAGAG